AUGGAUACAGACCGAAGUUGGAUGUAUAGACGGCUCCAGGGCAGGUUGCUAUACCCAGGCUUUACCGAGCGCGUGCAAGAGUUUGUUAAUUUCGCUUUACGCCAUCCCGCGUGUAUGAGUGGGCCCCAGAUUAAAUGCCCUUGUCCUAAGACAAGAUGUAAAAAUACGGGUUAUCGAGACGUCGAAACGGUGAAACUACACAUUCUGCAGAAAGGGUUUGUGGCAGAUUAUCAAGUGUGGGUUUUUCAUGGGGAGGGAAAUGUUUUAAAUCCCCGUCCCGUUGCACAGCUACCGGAGUAUGACGUUGACAUGGAAAAUGAGGGGGGAGACGACUUCAGCUCCGUUCAGAGAAUGGUUAUCGAUGUUGCCGGUCCAGAAGUAGUCAAACACUCUCCGUUAUCUGCGGCUGUUAAAAUGUUGGACAUCAAAUGUCGUCACAGUGGCUCAGUAGCUUUAGUAGAUGAUGUGACCGAAUUUAUACAAGAGCUACUCCCAGAGGAGAACAAGAUGCCAAAGAACUUUGCUAAAAUAAAGAAGAUGGUUAGAGGUCUUGGGUUGCCGGUCGAAGUUAUCGAUUGCUGUUUGCGCAACUGCAUGAUUUACUGGGGGUCAGACGCGGAUUUAACGCGAUGUAAAAUUUGCGAUCACGAACGGUGGAAACCGCCCCCUAAAGGAAAUUCUGUGAAAAGACGAGUUAACGUCCCUUAUAGGAAAAUGUUUUAUUUUCCUAUAACUCCGAGACUGCAGAGACUGUACGCUUCUAAAGCCACCGCCAAGCAUAUGACGUGGCACGCAGAACACAAAAUGGUUGAUGGAAAGAUGUGUCACCCGUCAGACUCCCCAGCAUGGAAAUAUUUUAGUGAAUUGCAUACAGAGUUUGCGGAAGAACCGUUGAUAGCUGAGCUGAACCACUUGUGGGAAUUUGAAGUCCAGACAUUUGAUGUGCACAGGCGACAAAAUUUCCAAUUGAAAGCGGCACUUAUGUGGACGAUUAAUGAUUUUCCCGCUUAUUCUAUGUUAUCUGGCUGGAGCACAUCUGGGAGACUAGCUUGCCCACACUGCAUGGAAAAUACAGAUGCUUUCACACUUAAAGGGAGUAGAAAACAGUCGUGGUUUGAUUGCCACAGGAAGUUCUUGCCUCGUGGUCACAUAUACCGGCGUAAUACCACUGAUUUCCGAAAAGGAAAACCGUAA